AUGUUCAAGGCUUGUCUAGCCCAAGGAGGUCUCUUAAAGCGUAUGCUUGAAGCAAUCAAAGAACUCGUCUCUGAUGCAAACUUUGACUGUUCCGAGACAGGCAUAGCCCUUCAAGCUAUGGACAACUCUCAUGUUGCCUUGGUGUCGUUACUUCUCAAAGCCGAGGCAUUCGAUCCAUAUAUAUGCGCUAGAGGUUUUAGCUUAGGUGUAAAUUUAAACAGUCUGAAUAAGAUACUAAGAUGCGCCGGAAAUGACGACACAAUCACGUUGCAAGCAGAAGACGAGUCUGCAGAUUCUUUAACUUUGGUCUUUGACAGUCCAAAUCAGGAACGCAUUAGUGAAUAUGAACUAAAGCUGAUGGACAUAGAUCAAGAAAAUCUUCACAUUCCUGAUACGGACUACGAUGCAAAGGUUCAUAUGUCGUCUGCUGAAUUCCAACGCAUUACGCGUGACUUGUCAACUGUUAGCGAAGCAGUUACCAUUUCUGUGACAAAAGAAGGAAUCAGAUUUGUAGCUAGUGGAGAAGUAGGCUCCGGAAGUAUUACUUUGAAAAAAGGAUCAUCCGUCGACUCGAACAUCUCAACAACAAUCGAACUCUCGCAGCCAGUUUCUUUAGAUUUCUCCCUCAAAUACCUUGCUAACUUUGCUAAAGCUGCUCCGUUAUCGGAUGUAGUUUCAUUGUCAAUAUCAGAAAAUCUACCCUUGUUGGUAGAAUAUGAAAUGGAAAGUGUUGGAUUUAUUAGAUAUUAUUUGGCUCCAAAGAUUAACGAGGAGUGA